ACUUCUCUCAUUCUUUCAAACACAAAUUAUCUUCUCCAAUGGAUUCAGCAAACCUCAAACAACGACUCACCACACCCGAUCAAUCUACCAGUGAACAUGAAAUUAAAACCAAAAAAGACAAACGAAUGAUAAUGGCAAAACGCGGUCUUAGAUCACUCAUAAUAGCAGUUUCCUUCCCUCUCUCAAUUAACCUUUUAUCCAUUUACAUAUCCUCUUCCUUUUCCUCCUCCAACCACAACAAUAAAAUCAUGUUCGGUUCAAAAAAGCCCUUCUGGUUUCCACCUUUGUGGGCCCUACACCUCAUCUGUCCUGCUUCAAGCUUCUUAAUGGGCCUUUCAGCUUGGAUGGUUUGGGCUGAUGGUGGUUUUCAUAGAAACCCAACUGCUUUGUUGCUUUACUUGCUUCAGCUUCUCUUUACUGUGUUGUGGGACCCUGUUGUUUUUGGAGUUGGAGCAACGAGUUUUGGAUUGAUGCUUUGUUUUGGAAUUUUUGGGAGCAUGUUUGGGUGUAUGCUUGUGUUUGGGAAGGUUAAUUCGGUUACACGUGAUUUGAUAAAGCCGUGUUUGGCUUGGAUUGCUUUUCUUUUCAUUGUAAAUCUGAAGCUACUUUUUAUCUGAAGAAAACAUACACACCCAGCUUCAUGUGUUGUGUUAGACACACACACUUGGUGUAAAUAAUAUAUAUAUAUAUAUAUAUACCACUAUUUUGUACUUUUUUAGAUGUUUUGUAAUUUUUACGUCCAAAGAUGAUUAGUGUAUGUGCUAGAUUUGGAGUGUAAAUAUAUGUUCAGUCAAAGCAAAAAGAGUGUAAAUAUAUAGAUUGCAUUUUUGUGUUUUUAAUAUUAUUUCCUUUAGGACUGGGAUUUGAACGAAAUAAUAUCUUUGUGUUUGUUUUUAUUGUCA